AUGAUGAAAGGGCUAAAAUUCUCCGAAAAUUCUCCUUCUUUAUCCAUCGAGCUAGGAAAUAGCAAUAGCGAUCAAUCAUCAAUAAGACCAUAUGUUAGAUCCAGAAUGCCAAGACUUCGAUGGACUCAUGAUCUUCAUCGCAGCUUUGUGCAUGCUGUUGAGCGUCUUGGUGGAGUUGAUCGAGCAACACCAAAGAUGGUGCUACAAAUUAUGGAUGUUAAGGGCCUCACCAUUUCUCACAUUAAGAGUCACCUUCAGAUGUACAGAAGCAUGAAACAUGAACAGAUGCAAGAAGCUGCAAGUGGGAGAAAGAGGAACAGAAUUGAUGGUUCAGAUCAAAUGAAUUUUCCACAGGGAAACUUUCUUCAUAGUUACUAUCAUUUCAAUGGCAAAGCCGUGUUUGAUGGCCAUCUUAAUUCGAAUGUAACAACUAACUAUUUGGACAAAAUUGCCUCCGCCCCUACUGUUUUUCCUCCUCCAUGGAAACCUAUGCCAGAGAAGAUGAUGGGAUUGGAAGGACGAUGCUACAUGUUUAGGGAUUUCUUCAAUGGAAGCAUUACUAUUCGAGAUGGAGAUGAUGAGAAUAAAAUAGUACGAGCAUAUGGUACUAGCAAUUUGUCAAAUAAGAGUGCAACUUCAAUGAUUGAAGAGGAAGACUCCCAUAGCACUAUGUCCUUAGAGCUAUCUCUCAGUUCAGAUAUCUCUCUUGACCUCACCCUUGGUUAA